UGGAGGGGUGAAUGCGAAACUCGGCUGCGUCACUUCGAGGCCGAUGCACGCCACCUACUCCCUGCGCGGCUGCGCCACCGCCUCCUCUUCUAGCCAUUCCCGCAAACCCUAACCCUCUCCGAUGUCCUCGCUGCCGCCGCCAGCUUCGUCCAUGGCUGAGGCAGAGGUCGAGGCCCGUGACUGGGCGGAGAUGCCGUCGGACGCGCUCGCCGCCGUGUUCGGGAAGCUGGACGUGGCCGAGAUCCUGACGGGGGCCGGGCUGGUGUGCCGCGCGUGGCGCCGGCUCGCCACCACGGACCCCACGCUGUGGCGCCGUGUGGACAUGUGCCACCAAGGGGACCUCCUGGAGACUGAGGAGGCCGAGGCCAUGGCGCGCGCCGCCGUCGACCGCGCCGCGGGCACCAUGGAGGCGUUCUGGGCCGACACCUUCGUCACCGACGACCUCCUCCGAUACAUCUCUCAGAGGGCCCCCUCAUUGAAGAGCCUCCAACUCAGCUUGUGCCAUCAUGUCUCUAAUGAAGGUUUUGCAGAGGCAAUUAGUUCUUUACCUCAGCUCGAGGAGAUUGAUGUUACACUUUGCUCAUUGCAUGACAACGUGUGUGAUACCAUUGGCAGAGCCUGCCCACACCUUAAACGCUUCAGUUUGAAUGAACGCUGGUCUAGUCUUCAAAGUGAGUUUGCACCCUAUGAGGGCAUGGAUGAUGACACCAAAACAUUAGGAAUUGCUAGCACCAUGCCUGGGCUCCAAGAACUACAGUUGAUUGGUAACAACCUGACCAAUGAUGGACUCAUGGCAAUUCUUGACCGUUGCUCGCACCUUGAAUCCCUUGACAUACGCCAGUGCUACAACAUCCAAAUGGAUGAUGUGAUGAAAUCGAAAUGUGCUAGGAUACGAGAUCUAAAGCUUCCUCAUGACUCCAUCUCCGACUUCAAGUACCGUGCUUACAUUGUCAGCAGCAUUGCUAAUUCUGGCUCUGAUUUCGAGGUUGACAUGUACGACGAUCUGCUGGAGGUGGUCACUGAAGAUGAUGAAGCUGAUUUUGAUGAUGUAGAUGAUUUCGAUGAUGCGGGCUCGGAUGGAGGCAUGUAUGAUGAUGAAUUUGAUAUCUGAAAGAAAUUCAUCCAUGUGAAAUGAUGUGAGCUGGAAUGGUUUGGCAUUCCCUAGGUUGAAAUAAACAAUGCGGUACUGAUAUUUGUAUCAUGUGGUCUCCUGA